CAUUGAAUGAGGUGCAGACGUCCUUGCUGAGUUCGGGAUUCGAAGGUCACUUUUUUGUCUUUUGUUCUGAUGUUCAAAAAGGUACCGAGGUCUUUAGCCCGAGGUAUUCUGGUUUUAACUACUGGUGUGAUAACGUAUAAAUAUCACUCUCUGGUCGGCACGAUAGUUUAUUGUGAAGGAAUUAGUAUGCAGCCGACUGUUAACGAUGGGGAUUAUUUGAUUGUAGAAAGACUAUCAAUUAUUUCAGGACGCAUUAAGAGGGGUGAUGUUGUAAUUGCUGGACAGCCGCGGAAGUAUAACACUUCACAUGUUUUGAAGCGAAUCAAAGGACUGGAGAAUGAUCAAAUUACAUUCUGGGACAAUAGUCGGUGGGAGUUUAUUGCAAAACAGGUACCUGUGGGUCAUGUCUGGUUAGAAGGUGAUAAUACUUCACGUUCGUUGGAUUCUCGGUCUUAUGGACCUGUUCCUAUAUCUCACUUGGAAUACAAGGUACUACUCCGUGUGUGGCCAUUGAAACAGUUUGGACGUCUUAAGACACCCAGUCCUAUCAGUUGUACAACUGGUCAGCCAGAUGAUGCUGAUAUUGUACCACUCAGUUUAAGGCGAAAUGGCAGUGACCGAAAUUCGCAAGAAUCUGGUUUAUGAGCGCUUUUCGAUUUGUUCAGUCUUCUGUGAUUAUUCAGGUUUAAAAUGUACAGAAGUAAAUAUGUGCAAUCUAGUGUUUCUGAGUUAUAUUUCUUUUAUUUCACGUUGUACAGACUCAUUUCUAUGUACUUCCAUUUUGCCUGCGAAAAUCUAUUUUUGUUACUUUAAGUCUAUGACAAGAUUUAAUUUAACCUGUUACUUUUUAGUUUGGUUUUUUAUAUGUAGGAGUUGUAUGUUGUAGUUCUUAGGAUUUUUCAAGCUUAUUGCCUCCUGCAAAAUAUAACACCGAAGAAUAAUUGUUUUCAUGGUCUUAGUAGAGUAUUCGAAUCUUCAUCACGUUGGGGUUCUUGAAAUUUGGAUUUCACCAAGUCUUUCUACUGUACACCAUAGGUUUUAUGGAUUCUAUGGUUUAUGCACCUAAUUGUUAUGUAAAUAAUAGUUUAAAAAUGGAGCAUAUUACUUUUCUUAAAUAUUUAUUCGUAUAACUACUUCGAUGCAGAGUUUGAAUUUUA